GCGCGCUUCUGAACGGACAACCGAUUAGCAUCCAUAUCAUCAUAAUCUACACGAACUUGCCGUGGGAAUAAUCCGAUCGAGACUGAAUUUCCUGGAUACUCCUUGGAUGAGAUUACUAAAAUUAGCGUUAUCAUGGCGGCCGUCUCCAUCUCCCAGGGCGCCCAUAAUUACCGCGCAUCCCCGUACAUCCGUAAAAAUCUGCGCUUGAAUUCACUGCGUCCCAACCGUCUGUCCAUGGCGGAUUUUAACAAUGGGGAUCCGCGCGCCGAAGACGAUGAGACCGUCACUAUAAACGUCAGCGGAUUUCGCUAUGAAACCCGUUUGUCCACAUUAUCCCGCUUUCCCGGCACCUUACUGGGGGAUCCGCUGCGCCGGGCGACCUUUUAUGAUUCCGUCCGGAAAGAGUACUUUUUCGAUCGGAACCGGAAGAUUUUCGGCUCCGUCCUGGAAUUCUACCAGACCGGGAUCUUGCGGCGACCGGAAAGUGUCCCGCUGCACCGCUUCGUCUCGGAAAUCCUCUUUUACGAUCUCGGCGUGAAAGUGCUCAAAGAAUUACUGGAGGUGGAGGAGAUGCUGGACGAACCACCCACGGUCCCCAUCAACGAGCGGCAACGAAAAAUCUGGCUGAUGCUGGAGGUUCCCAGUAGUUCGCCCACCGCGCAAGCCUUAGCGGCGAUCAAUAUCAUCAUCGUGUUUAUUGCACUGAGUAACUUCUGUAUACAGACACUACCGCGGUACCAUACAAAUUUCCCGGCGAUUAACGCCACCGGAUCAUCAUCAACAUCAUCCGGCACGAACAAUGCCGGUGUCUCCGGUAUCACCGGGCCGAAAUUGUUCUUCAUCGUCGAGUCCAUCUGUAGUGUGUACUUUUGCCUGGAUCUCAUCGUGCGCUUCAUUGCCAGUCCGAUGAAGAAACACUUUCUCCUUCAGUUCACUAAUGUCAUCGACUUAGUCUCGGUCAUACCGUAUUUUGUCGAUCUACUCCUACCGGAAACGACACUUAUUAGUGGGACGACAUCAUUACGUGCGGAGAAGGUUGAUUUCUUUCUUAUACUGCGCGUGUUCCGCUUACUGCAGAUCUUCCGCAUCCUGAAGCUGAGCCGCUACUCAGAUGGCCUGCAGAUUUUAUGGUUGACCGCCAAAUCCGCCCGGCAAGAGCUUAGUGUACUGUUCCUCUUAACCGGCAUUGGGAUGACACUGUCCAGUGCGGCGGUGUACUAUGCCGAACAGGGCUAUCCGGAUAGUGAUUUUCCCAGUAUUCCGCAUGCCUUCUGGUGGACGGUGAUUACGUGGACGGCGGUCGGCUACGGGGAUAUGGUACCGAAACGACCAAUUGGGAAAGUCGUGGGCGGGAUUUGUUGUGCGUGUGGCGUGGUGUGCCUGGCCUUUAUUGUUCCCGUGGUUGUGGCACAUUUUGAAUAUUAUUUUCAUCGAGGAAAAGAGAUCCAGAAGCUGAGGGAAGUGUUGGCCGCUGCCGGCUACAAGGAACUAGCUGAUCCCUCCUUCGAAUGUUUUACCACCAAAGAAAAGCGUUCUACAUCCAUUUCGUUGGCCGAUAUAGCCAUGAGCCACAAAGAGAAGGAUGGAAAUUCCUCGGGUUUGCUAAAACGGCGCACCGCGAUUAAUGUUGUUGACUGCGAUACAGGAGAACGCACGACGCUGGAGACCGAUUUAUAAAUG